AUGUACCGGCAGAUUUUAGUAGCUCCUAAAUACCGAACGUUCCAGCACAUAAUAUGGAGGGAGUCUCCACAUGACAAGGUUCAAGAGUUUGAGUUAAACACGGUCACCUAUGGGGUUGGAACAGCUCCUUAUUUAGCUCUGAGGGUGCUGAAGAAAAUCGCUGUCGUCUAUGGUCAACAAUACCCUUCGGUACAAGCAGCUCUGAUGUCUCAAACUUACAUGGACGACAUUUGUGCGGGUGCAGGCAGCAUCCAGGAAGCCCAAGCCCUUAAAGAUGAUUUGAUCUCUAUUCUCGGCAAGUUCGGCCUAGAGUUAAAGAAAUGGGCUAGUAAUUCUGCUCCCUUGUUGGAGAAUAUACCGCCAGAAGACCGGGCAGCUGGGUCCCUCCCUUUCAACAUCGAUAACUUACCUCAAGUUCAGAUCUUAGGCAUGAAGUGGAAUCCGAAUGUCGACACCUUCAACUACAAUUUGCAAUGUGUUUGGGGGUCUGGUGUUUCGUGGGACGAGCGACUUCCAUUAGAUUUGGAAGGUUCCUGGCUAUCAUUUGUUGAUGAGUUACAUCAUUUAUCUCUGAUUCAAGUACCAAGAUUCGUUGGUACCUCUAAAGGGUCACAGUAUGAGUUAUGUGGGUUUGCCGACGCCUCGAUCAAAGGCUAUGCGGCGGUGGUGUAUUUAAGGGUAUCAGAUCGCGACAAUGGAGUUUCCAUGUUUUUGCUAGGUUGCAAGACCAAACUGGCACCCACCAAGACGCUUUCUAUACCCCGCCUCGAGCUCUGUGCAGCUGGGUUGCUCGCUCGCUGGUUAAGUCGUUACCAGGCAGCGGACGAGAAGGGUACUGGCAACGGUGGUUACGUCCCGGCUGCUUUACGGAGCCCCAUUCUGGUUUCCUUCCAUAACGUCCGAGGCCAUGCGGAAGAUGGAGGCAGUGUAUCGGAGGGUGAUGCUUAG